AUGGUGCAUUUCAUGUUUAAACAUGAGCACAUUGCGUGUCUAGAUUAUUUUCCCUGGGAGUUUAUUAAAUCAAAUGUUUACGCCAAUCAACCAGGAACGUUCGAGGAGCUCGAAGACAAUAUUCAGUCCAGUAUUGCCGAAAUACUGCAUCGGUUCAUCGAAUAUUGGUACGCGACUCAUCAUAAAUAUGUUCUUCUGACGAUUAUAUCAAGAAGUACCUCUACUCACAACAAUAAUAUGAACAACGAAAAAGACUCCCAACGUCGCCAGUAUACUUUCAUCGUGUACAGUCCACAUUCUAUAGCAUUAAGCUACGAAAAUGCAUUACCAAAGAUCAGAAGAAAAUGCAGGAAAGUACGAUUAAAAUACAAGAAUUGCACAUACUCAAGUUCAAUUGCUUUACUGCUUUUGAUCACACUGCAAGUGGUGACGUGUAACCGACCCCCAAGAUUUGCCAUCGACGGUGGCCAAUCUGAAAUCGUUUUACGACUGAAGGAGAGUCCGGAGACUGCAGUAGGUUCCCAUAUAUACACGCUUAAAGGCGUAGAUCCUGAUAAUGAUCCUUUAGUGUUUGGUAAACGUCCAUCGCAUGACAGCGAAGUAAUUCGCAUUGAGAACACAGGCGAUAAUGAAGCUAAUGUCUAUUUGGCCAAAGAAUUAGAUAGAGAGUUACAAGACGAGUACUCCAUAGUAUUGACGCUAACGGAUAACCGCUACAACGACUAUAAUUAUGUCACGCAAAGUUUCUUACUAUUAGUGGAGGAUAUUAACGAUAAUGCACCCAUAUUUUUACCAUAUCAAAGCGCCAUAGAAAUUCCCGAAAAUAGUGACCCCUGUAUUUUAACAACAUUGGAGGCAACCGAUGAAGAUGAAGGUGCUUACGGACAAGUGGUUUACUAUCUGCAAGAAUUGGAUGGCGACAAUGAUAUAUUUUCCAUAUCAACAUAUCAGGGCAAAGGUGUGCUUCGAUUAACAGGCGAGUUAGAUUACGAGACGAAAAGCUUGUACCAAUUACGUGUGUUAGCCGUGGAUCGAGCCAACCAGGGACCUGUCAAUACUGGCACUGCCGCCAUUCUAGUCAAAGUGAUCGAUGUGGGCGAUCAACCACCCGAGUUUGUUCAAGUGCAAGCGAUAGCACGCAUAGCCGAAAAUGCAGAUAUUGGCACGCGAGUAUUGCAAGUCCGCGCCAUAGAUGGUGAUCGCGGCAUCAACAAUCCCAUUGUGUAUGAAUUGGACGCAAAUGAGUUGUUUGAUAUCGAUCAACAGACGGGUGUAGUCUACACUGCGCAAGAGCUAGAUCGCGAGGACACUAGUCAGCAAGUAAAUGGCGCCUAUAUAUUGAAAAUAACUGCGACAGAGGUACCACAGUUUAAAACAAGUGCAUCCGACGAGAUGAUGCAAGUUAGAACAGAAGUCACUGUGAUCGUGACAGAUAUAAACGAUGAAAUUCCAACAUUUAGACAAUCCAUUUACCGCUGUGAAGUUAACGAGAACUCCCAAAGCAAUACACCAUUGAGUUUUAUAGACGAUGAUGUGCAGAAUAUUGUCGAAGAUCACGAUAUAGGCAAUAAUGGCACAUUUCGUUUGUUUUUGGAUCCACAAAAUGACCUCUUCGAAAUCGUUCCUGCUGUGGCAGUUAACGAGGCCAACUUUAUGGUGAGAGUGAAAAAUGCCAAAGCAAUCGAUUACGAAGAAAUGAAGGAAAUUAAUUUUACACUCUUCGCAAGGGAAAUCGAUGAGCCAACUAGAUGGGGGUCGGCGCAUCUUCAAGUUUAUAUUCGUGAUCAGAAUGACAACUUUCCGGAAUUUACAAAAGCGAUAUACAAUACCACUAUCCCGGAAAACAGUGAGUUGGGCACGAUCGUUACACGAAUCGAAGCAACGGAUAUCGAUUCCGGCGAUUUUGGCACUAUGGGCAUUCGGUUCCUUAACCUACGUGGUGGCAUUGCGCAUUUGUUACAUCUCAACCCGAUUACUGGUGUUAUUACCGUCAAACAACCUGGAGAUUCUGCUUUCGAUCGCGAAAUUAUUUCUCUCCACUACCUCACGGUUGAAGCGAUCGACAAUGUAGGAAUUGGAAACCGUAACACCGCACAGAUUAUCAUCAACAUUGAGGAUGUCAACGAUAAUGCACCAAUUUUUGUACAGCGUCACUAUGAGGCCAAAUUGCUGGAAAAUAAAGCCGAUUUUGAAACACCACUAAUUUUGGAGGCGCGCGAUAUCGAUCUUAAUGGCUCUGAGAACAGCCAGAUAACGUAUGAAAUUGUGGAGGGUCUUUAUCGCGCUAAUUUUAGUGUUGAUCCAGAAAAUGGCUUUUUGCGACCUUUGCACUCUUUCGACUACGAAGAAUUACUUGAGAAUAGGCGCCGCAUACGUCGACGCGCCGAUAAUGGCGUGCGUGAGAUCGAUUUAUUGGUUCGUGCACGAGAUUCUGGUAUUCCUAUGCUUUCUACUGUGGUGCCAGUGCUGAUUUACAUCGAAGAUGUGAAUGAUAACCCACCCAUAUUUCAAAAGAAUUUUUAUGCGAAAACAAUACCCGAAGAUCUUCCGGGUGGCAGUUCCAUACUACAGGUGAUGGCAAUCGAUCGAGAUGGUUCUGCACCGAACAAUGUGGUUGUGUACCGAAUACAAAUGGGAGCGAGCGAUAAGUUUAUUAUUAAUUCGGAAUCUGGCGUAAUAUCAGUUGCAAAUGGCGCUAACCUGGAUCCGGAUUUGUCGGAGCCAAAGAAACACGUGUACACUCUCACCGUGCUUGCUUUGGAUGGCGGUCUCGGAAAUUCCCAACUAAUGAAUUCUGCCACAGUUAAUAUAACAAUUAAAGACGUUAAUAAUAAACCACCGGUCUUGGGUGAGUUACCCACUAUAAGGGUCAUGGAGAAUACUGCCGUGGGUACACAGAUAUUUCAAGUUCACGCUGCAGAUCUUGAUGAAUCGCCAAUAAUCCGAUAUCGUAUAAAUCGUGAAAAUUGUGAGGCGCGUAAUGAAGAGGGAACAUUUAUCAAACUAAGUGAAUUUGAUUUUGUAAGCGCAUUUGACUUGAAUCCCAUAGAUGGAACACUAAAGCUCCUGAAACUAUUGGAUCGCGAGAAAGUCGAGUAUCUGAAGCUCGCGAUAAAUGCUGAAGAUCUCGCAGCUAUAAAGGGUAAACAAAUAGUGGAAGCCUUUUUAAACAUAAUCAUUGAAGACGAAAAUGACAAUAAUCCGAAGUUUAAGCAGCCCUUCUAUCGCAAAACGAUUACUGAAAAUAGUAUUAACGGUGUUUUGAUUGCCAAUAUACUCGCCUAUGACGUUGACAAAAACAAAACAAUUACAUAUUCGUUAGAAGGAAAUCCCGCUAUAAGAAAUCUCGUACAUAUUGAUCCACAGACAGGGGAAAUGGUUGUCGCAAAUAAAAUCGAUCAUGAACAAUAUCAAUGGUUAAAUUUGACUGUUCGUGCUUCAGACUCGGGCGUUCCACCGCGAUCUGCAUUAGUCGAUGUUUAUGUGUCUGUGUUGGAUGAAAAUGACAAUAAUCCGUACUUCAUUGGUGGAUCUAAGAACUAUACAAUAAGUGAAAAUGUAGAAAUAGGCGCUCGAAUUGGCACUGUGCAGGCAAGCGAUGCUGAUUCAGGGGAUUUCGGAAAAAUCACCUUUCUCAUGGAUCGCAUAAGUUCACAGGGAAAAUUCUCAAUUGAUGCGGACACUGGUGUACUAUCCGUCGCCGAUAAAUUAGACCGCGAAACGAAAGAUUUUUAUAUGUUAGUAAUCGAAGCAUGGGACAACUACCAAUUUGGAUUCUUAGCGGGAGAAAGUCGCAAUGCCUUCAAGCAAAUAUUCAUAUCCAUACUAGACGAAAACGAUAAUGCGCCCGAGGUUUUCCUACCCACAAGCUGUGUGCUUAUUACUGAAUAUCAUGAAUUAAACGAAAAAAUAGCGACUAUCCGCGGCAAAGAUGCAGAUGAUCCGAAUUCACCAAACGGGCGCUUGGAAUUUCAAAUAACUAAAGGCAAUAAAUUCGAUCUCUUUGAAUUGCAUCAGAUCGACGAUUGGACUGCAAAUAUUUAUGCACGCACACCUUUACUAAACAAAUUUGGUAAUCACACAAUCACUAUAACCACUCGAGAUCUAGGUGUACCCUCGAAUAUUCUUACCAAAACUUUGGACAUCUGUAUAUCAGAUUUCAACGAUCAUUCGCCUGUUUUCGUUACCCCUUUGCACAACACGACACUGCGAAUACCUGAGAACAUUACUGUGGGUACUCAACUGCUGCAAGUGGUGGCCACCGAUGAGGAUAUUGGUAUGAAUGCAUUAGUGCGAUAUCGAUUGAAACCCGAUCCAUUAGGCAGCUACAAAAUAUUUGACAUUGAUAGUGAAACUGGGCAACUAUUUUUGAAGGAAAGUUUAAACCGUGAAAAGCAGAAGAUUCAUGAGAUAAGAAUCGAAGCGUAUGAUCAGGGCCUUCCCACAUCUCUAAGUUCCGACUUGGAUUUGACAAUAUAUAUAAGAAACGUAAAUGAAUACGAACCACAAUUUGUGGUAGAAGAAAUAAACGUCAACUUUACAGAGCAUGCUGAUCCUGGAUCGGAGCGAGUUAAACUACCCGACACCAUAGAUAAAGACGAAGUAGAUGAUCUUGACGACCCUCCUAGCUUAAUUUGUUAUUUCAUUGUAAAAGGCAAUGAACAAGGUCACUUUAAACUCCAUCCCGAAACACACAUACUCAGCGUCGAAAAGGAGCUCGAUCGUGAAGUAAUUGCCAACUAUUCACUCUAUGUGAGAGCCACGGAAAAUUGUGCAAAUGAUAUUUUUCAAACAAAUCGUCGUUCAGAUAGCUUCGUAGGUAACAAUGCGCACACGCAAAUGCAGGCGAAUGUCGGCCGGAAGCAGGCAGGCUUUUUGCGAAAUGGGGAAUAUUUCAAUCGAUACAAGCACUCGCGAAAUUUGCGCUCAAUAACUGACGACGAAACUCAAAACGACGACUCUUAUGAAUUCUCCAAUGAGAAUAAUAACCUCACUAGUGAAGAGAUUCUAUUAUUUGAUAGUACAGUGGUGCGCGUACGUGUUCGCGUAUUAGACAUUAAUGACAAUCCACCACAUUUCCCCACAAAGGUAUUCACUGGUGGCAUUACCACAAGUGCCGAUUUCGGAACACAGUUUAUGCGUGUGGAAGCUAUAGACCCAGAUGAAGGAGUGAAUGCGAAAAUCUCUUACUAUAUAAUUGGUGAUAUCAGACAAACUUUGUCGGAGGGCUUAGAAAAUGUUAAAAAGUCACCAUUUCUUGUUGAUCGCGAAACGGGUAAUGUGCAAUUAAAUUUCGACCCACAGAAAGGAAUGAAGGGUUAUUUCGAUUUUAUGGUGCUAGCAAACGAUACCUUGGGCAUGAAGGACGUGGCUCAUGUAUUUAUCUACUUACUGAGGGAGGAUCAAAAAGUGAAAUUUGUUUUUCGGCUGCAACCGGAUGAGUUGCGACAGAAAAUUAACACCUUCAGAGAUAUACUUAGCAACGUCACUGGCGCAAUAGUAAACAUAGACGAAAUUAAGGUGCAUGAAAAUAAGGAUGGCUCGGUUGAUAAGACCAAAACUGAUCUAUACAUGCAUUUGGUUGUAAGGGAGGACAAUUCUAUAUACGAAGUGCCUGAAGUGUUAAAGCUAAUCGAUCUGCAUAUUGAACAUCUGGAUAAUCUUUUCAAAGAGCUCAAUGUUUUGGAUACGCAGGCAGCGGAAGCUGAGUUGCUUAUCGCCGGACCACCGAAGCCAAUGUUUGUUUGGUUGAUUUUUACGAAUUUAUUUUUAGCCACUUUGUUAGUGGUAACAUUGGCACUGUGCGCCUCCCAGCGAAAGGGUUAUAAGAGGCAAUUGCGCGCCGCUAAAGUAAAUAUAUUCCGAAACUCAUCAUUAUCACUGCACAACAACAUAGAGCCAGCAACACGAGUGCCCAACACGAAUAAACACAGCGUGCAAGGCUCAAACCCGAUCUGGCUGAAAGGUUACGAAAAUGAAUGGUUCAGAAAUGACGAGAAUCUGAGUCAAGGCGGUCAAGAUUCGUUGGACGACAAUUUUCUUGCCAUUGGCGCACAGGAUAUACACGAAACACUGAAAGGCACCGCAAAGCUCUUCAAUCAUACAAAUGACCUCAACCGGCACUUCAAUGUUUACAAUCAAAUUGAUAAAUUAACAAAUAAUGCUCAAAUUUUAGCACGUAAGUUGGAGACUACCGAAUUAUGAGAGACAACCAAUGUUAAGAAAUUAGUUGUAAUAUUAAUUUAUUUUUGUAAAUAAAAUGGAGUCUUGAUAUGGAAAUGUUUCUGUUUCAAUGUUUGUUUAACAAUACAGCUUUUGAUUAAUUGAUAUCGGAGAUAUAAUAUUUCGAUCUCUCUCGUUGACUCUCUCUAGUU